AAACUGUAUCAAGUUGAAUAGAAAGAGAAAUGGAAGUUGCUAGUAUAAGAGUAGACUCGUCUUUGUUGCAAGAGUCCCAAGGUAAGCUUGUUAGGAUCAUUGGCAAGUUGGAAUCGUACGAUCCCUCGUCUAGUGCCGCCACCUUAAUUGCAGGUAGUCCAAUUCAAUUACAGUUGACUGAAAACGAUUCUCUACAAGUCGGUAAGAUAUACGAAGUCAUUGGGAAAGUGAGUACUUCAAACUUGACAGUCAACACUUAUUCGGUCACCCAAUUAUCUGACAACACCAAUUUGGAUGUUGCAGCUAAGUUGGUCAAGUAUGUUCAUAAGGUUCCCGAAUUAUUUUACUAGGGUAGUUUUCAAUUCUAAAUUUGUGUAUAAUAAUAAUGUUUAACGAAGUAGUUAACGAAUAACAAAUACUUGUGUU